UUGCGAGUAAAUCAAUAAUUCUACAUUCAUACAUAUCUUGCAUUUCCUGUUGAAUAUAUCCAAUAAAUAAGCAAUUAUCAAAUAAUAAAAAAAAAACUAAAGCAUUUUCUUCUUUAACCUGUCCCAAAAAGCCGCAAAGACGUUAACUCCACAGAUGAAAAACAUGUUUAGUCCUCUAAAGAGGAAAUUACGUGAAAAGCGUAUAAUAUUGGCUACGCAGUCAAUACAACGCAAAGAAUUAUUUAAUUCAACUGGUUUAAAAUUUGAAACAAUACCUUCAGAUUAUGAAGAGGAUCUCGACAAAUCUAGGUAUUCAUUUUCCGACUAUGUUCAAGAGACUGCCCUUCGUAAAGUGCAAAGCGUCUACGAACGGCUAAAAGAUGAUGAACGACAUCCAGACAUUAUAAUUGGAAUGGACACGAUGGUUGCCUGUGAUGGGAUUUUCUAUGGAAAACCGAAAGAUCCGGAAGAAGCGGCGCAGUUUAUCAGGAAAUUAGCUAAUUCUGGUCUUCCGCAUAUGGUCUACACAGGUGUCGUAAUUAAGCACAACAAUAAGUACGAGAGAUUUGUAGAAACCACUACAGUCUAUAUGAGAUCACUCAGUGAAGAGGAUAUCAUGUCUUAUGUGGAGACUGGAGAGCCAAUGGGCAAAGCUGGUGCUUAUGCCAUUCAGGGUUUAGGUGGAUCAUUUGUUAGGGGAAUCUUGGGUGAUUUCAACAACGUCAUUGGGUUACCAUUAUGCUCUAUUACUCAGCGUCUAACAAAGAUGUUCGAAUCGGAAUAAAUUUCGUUUACUUAACUCAAAUAAUACAACUGUUAGAACCAAAAAAAAAUAAAAUAUUAGUCGAAUUUUAUUUUAAUAAAU